CAGGUCAGUACACGUGCGACACACAGGAUAUAUCGUGACUUUUUGGAAUUGUGUGAUUCAAGUGAACGAUGUUAUGAUCAGUGAUGAAGUUAAAUGUUGAUGGUCUGCUCGUUUACUUUCCAUAUGACUACAUCUAUCCUGAGCAAUACACCUACAUGCUGGAGCUCAAAAGAGCUCUGGAUGCAAAGGGUCACUGUGUCCUUGAAAUGCCCUCGGGGACGGGGAAGACUGUAUCGCUUUUAUCCCUCAUUGUGGCCUACUUGAGAGCCAACUCUUCCGAUCUCACCAAGCUCAUCUACUGCUCGCGAACAGUGCCGGAGAUUGAGAAGGUCCUCGAAGAGUUGAAAGGACUGAUAGAAUACUAUGAGAAGGAGACCGGUGAAGCAGCCAACCUCCUUGGACUGGUCCUGAGCUCCCGGAAGAACAUGUGCAUCCAUCCACAGGUAAGCAAAGAGCACACAGGCAAGGUGGUGGACCACAAAUGCCACGAGCUAACAGCAUCCUUCGUCCGAGAGAGGCAGAAGUAUGACCCCACCAUUCCGGUGUGUUCCUUCUUUGAGGAAUUUGAUGCCCAUGGAAGAGAUAUUCCAUUAGCCGCCGGUGCCUACAGUCUAGAUGAUAUCAAGGAAGCUGGUCAGCAGAACGGAUGGUGUCCGUACUUCAUGGCUCGGCAUGCGAUAUACCAUGCCAACAUCAUAGUGUACAGUUAUCACUAUCUACUGGACCCAAAGAUUGCAGAGUUGGUCUCCAAAGAGCUCUCCAAGAAGUCGGUGGUUGUAUUUGAUGAAGCGCAUAACAUUGAUAACGUGUGCAUCGAUUCCCUGAGUGUGCACAUCACACGGCGAACCUUGGAAAAGAGUCAGAACAACCUGGAUGCUAUCAAGAGAAACAUUGACAGAAUCAAAGAAACAGAUGCACAGCGACUUCAGGAGGAGUACCAGAGACUUGUUGAGGGCCUUAGAGACGCUAGCCAGGCUCGGGAGAUGGACAUACAGAUGGCAAACCCAGUACUUCCUGAUGCUGUGUUGGAAGAGGCCGUGCCAGGUAAUAUCCGUCAUGCCGAACAUUUCAUCGCCUUCAUGAAGAGAUUCGUAGAGUACCUAAAGACCAGGCUACGAGUGCAGCACGUUGUAGCUGAGAGUCCCCCUGCCUUCCUGAAGGAUGUCUACGGAAAAGUCUGCAUUGAGAGAAAGCCCCUCAGGUUUUGCGCCGAAAGGUUGCACUCGCUGCUGCGCACGCUGGAGCUGACCGAGAUCCAGGAGAUGUCACCUCUGACCUUGGUAGCCAACUUUGCAACCUUAGUGAGCACAUAUACCAAAGGUUUUAGCCUGAUUAUUGAGCCGUUUGAUGAUAAGACACCAACAAUUCCAAAUCCAGUGCUACAUUUCAGUUGUAUGGAUGCUUCCAUUGCUAUCAAGCCUGUGUUUGAUCGAUUCCAGUCCGUUGUCAUAACAUCAGGGACCUUAUCCCCACUGGAAAUGUAUCCAAAGAUUCUGGAUUUCAGACCUGUCACCAUGGCAUCAUUUACAAUGACCCUUGCCAGAAACUGUAUUUGUCCAAUGAUUGUGACAAAGGGCAACGACCAAGUGACUAUUUCUUCCAAGUUUGAGACCAGGGAAGAUAUUGCGGUAAUUCGUAACUAUGGCAAUCUGCUGGUGGAAUUGUGUAAGAUAGUGCCAGAUGGGCUGGUGUGCUUCUUCACAAGUUAUGUGUACAUGGAGAAUAUUGUUGCCAGUUGGUAUGAACAGGGGAUCAUUGACAACAUCCAGAAGAGCAAGCUGCUAUUUAUAGAAACCCAGGAUGGAGCAGAGACCAGUGUGGCACUUCAGAACUAUUACAAGGCCUGUGAGAAUGGAAGAGGGGCUGUCCUACUGUCUGUUGCAAGGGGCAAGGUCUCUGAAGGAGUUGAUUUUGACCAUCAUUAUGGUCGAGCAGUAGUCAUGUUUGGCAUUCCGUAUGUGUAUACGCAAUCCCGAAUUCUGAAAGCCAGACUGGAGUAUCUGCGAGAUCAAUUUCAGAUCCGGGAGAAUGACUUUCUGACCUUCGAUGCCAUGCGACAUGCAGCUCAGUGUGUGGGGCGUGCCCUAAGAGGGAAGACAGAUUAUGGCAUCAUGAUUUUCGCUGAUAAGCGGUUUUCCCGAGCCGACAAGCGGGGUAAGCUGCCUAAGUGGAUCCAGGAACACCUGAAGGACAGCGUCCUGAACCUGUCAACUGAUGAGGCGAUCCAGAUGAGCAAGCGGUUCCUGCGACACAUGGCCCAGCCGUUCAGCAGGGAGGACCAGCUUGGCCUGUCCCUACUUACCCUGGAACAGCUAGAGUCGGCGGAAAUGCGCAAGAAGGUGGAGCAGACAGCUCAUCAAGUAUGAGACGGGGUGUUAAGUUGACGGUGCAUCAGGGAAUCAGACUCAUGAUAUUGGCAGAUCUCAAGGUCUGGCAUUGGAGUUGCCCACAGACAGUUGGCAUAGUUGGAGCUAAUUGAUGCCGUUUGCCAGUUAAAGGAAAAUAAACACAGAAUCUGCAUGAGCCUGUUUGGGAAAGAGACAUGAGCGCAACAGGUCAAGACCCUCUUCUGGACUCCAUCAAUGGACAUGAUGUGACACGCUGACACAAAUUGAACCCUUCCCAAUGAGACACUGCAAGCCAUUUGCCUCAUCUGCUUGGCAUGGUACAUCUCGGCUCAGUCUGAUCGAAACCCUACCAAAUCUCAAGGGCGGGUCCAGGAGGGCCAUUCCCCCCCCCCCCUUAUUUGGUAUUUCAUAUCCCUUCCUGCAAAAAGCAUGUGAAAAGCCCCCAGAAUGUAUCCUCACCCCUGAGGAAGGCCAUAAAAGGACACAUGAAAAACUGUCCAAAUUUUGGGGUCCAUAAUCUGCCUUUGGCAAAACUGUGCCCAGAACUAAAACUGUAACUCAUGGAAACUGUUGAACUUAUGACAACAGGGAUGUUCCUGUAAUUAUUGGACGACUUCAAGUAGAAAUACCCUAGUUCCAGGCUCAUCAGCAUCGAUUUUCUUUUGUGGGUUAGCUGGCUGUUUCUGUUCUGUUAGAAAAUGAAAAGGGGUAUAUUUUCAGGGUUCCCACGGUCAUGGAAAAUCCUGAGGCAAAAAGUUGUUGAAAAGCCAUGGAAAGCUCAUGGAAAUGUCACGGAAAAUAGGGGAAAGAUCCAGGAUGUCUUGGAGUCCUGUGGGAGAGAAAUAGUCAUGGAAAUCAAGAUUAUGCAAGGGUUAUUUUUGAUGGGCCGCUGUUGAUGCUAUGACAUGUCAUUCUACAGCAGUGGCUAUGGCGGUCUUUUAGUUCAUCUUACUAGACGACUUUUCCCUGCGAAAUGACAUUAAAUGUCAUGGAAACUGUCAAUCUAGUCCUGGAAAAGCCAUGGAAUUUAGGUUUAAGAUUUCUGUAGGAACCCGGAUUUUACUCAUUUAUUUUCUGAAUGUAUCCUCUUUCCCACAGAAAACAACCCUCGUUAUUCAGUCGAGUCAGUAAUGUGUAACACCUGUUGUCCACAAGUACCUAGGGGUGAUCUGUAUGACAUUAGGUUGGAAGCAGCAGGUUUUGAAAGGAACCGAUUCAGCAGAAAGGAUACAAACUCUGCUCUAGGGAUAUCAGUUGUAUUCGAUUGAGGACAAUAGCCCACUAUCAAUUGAAAUGACACUUCAGGUGUCAUUAUUUUUUUGCAUGUUUUUAAUACAUGUAUGUUUUGUAACACUGAUUUACAUAAAAGGGCCAAUAAAAGUCUUAUUGCAGUCCUUGUAAAGUA